CCAGUGGGCGAUUGGUAUCGACACUACAUGCUGGAUGUAAUCAAUGGCAAUGCUUAAAAGUAACGUCAAAGUAAAUAAUCGAUACUGCUUGCUGUUCAAUGUUCGUUGGUGUGCAUCUGAAGGCAACAGUAAUCAGUCACAGUAGACUUAGGCAACAAAAUUCAACAAAUUGAAGACUCUGAAGGCUUUGACAAAACCAAUCUGAAAACAAAUAACCGGCAAAGAUGGAAAACAGUAAUAUACGCGAUUUUGGUAAACCGAAGGAUGGUACAAUCGACAAAAUUGACUCGGCGAUAGCCACUCAAAUUGACACAACUGCCAAUAGCAACAAGCAGAACACCGUCUCCUCCCCGCAAAUCAAAGCUGACGAUAUAAUCGAAGGCAGUGACAAACAGAUGGCCGAUAUUGCUUCAGUGAACAGUCAUUAUAAUCAGGACGAGAGCAAAGUGCAACCAGUUGCUGCCGAUGAAGACAAUGGGGCUGCCGUCUCGAGUGCUGGCGGCGCUGCCAACGGAGCUGAACCGCAACCGGAGGAGCUGCCACCGAAGCCAAAAGGUUGUGACAAGUGCGGCAAGAAAUUUGGAUUAACCGGCGGAUUUGCGUGUCGCUGUGGUGGCACAUUUUGCGCCUUUCAUCGUUACAGCGACCGCCAUGAUUGCAGCUUUGAUUAUCGCGAAUUGGGUGCCAGCGAAAUACGUCGCGAUAAUCCAGUAAUUGUACCCGAAAAGCUACGCAAAUUGUAGUAUGCAUUCAUUCUAUAUUGCUGUUGUAAUUCCUAUACUACCUACCCUCUAUAUAUUUGUUUAUAAAUUAAA